AUGGCCCGGAGACCCCGGCACAGCAUAUACAGUAGUGACGAGGAUGAUGAAGACAUUGAGAUGUGUGACCAUGACUACGAUGGGCUGCUUCCCAAGUCCGGAAAGCGUCACUUGGGGAAAACUAGGUGGACCAGGGAAGAGGAUGAAAAACUAAAGAAGCUGGUGGAACAGAAUGGAACAGAUGACUGGAAAGUUAUUGCCAAUUAUCUCCCGAAUCGAACAGAUGUGCAGUGCCAGCACCGAUGGCAGAAAGUACUAAACCCUGAGCUCAUCAAGGGUCCAUGGACCAAAGAAGAAGAUCAGAGGGUGAUAGAGCUUGUACAGAAAUACGGUCCGAAACGUUGGUCUGUUAUUGCCAAGCACUUAAAGGGGAGAAUUGGAAAACAAUGUAGGGAGAGGUGGCAUAACCACUUGAAUCCAGAAGUUAAGAAAACCUCCUGGACAGAAGAGGAAGACAGAAUUAUUUACCAGGCACACAAGAGACUGGGGAACAGAUGGGCAGAAAUCGCAAAGCUACUGCCUGGACGAACUGAUAAUGCAAUCAAGAACCACUGGAAUUCUACCAUGCGUCGGAAGGUUGAACAGGAAGGUUAUCUGCAGGAGUCUUCCAAAGCCAGCCAGCCAACUGUGGCCACAAGUUUCCAGAAGAACAGUCAUUUGAUGGGUUUUGCUCAUGCUCCACCUUCAGCUCAACUCUCUCCAACCAGUCAGCCCUCGGUGAACAACGACUAUUCAUAUUACCACCUUUCUGAAGCACAAAAUGUCUCCGGUCAUGUCCCAUAUCCUGUCGCGUUACAUGUCAAUAUAGUCAAUGUUCCUCAGCCAGCUGCUGCAGCCAUUCAGAGACACUAUAAUGAUGAAGACCCUGAGAAAGAAAAGCGAAUAAAGGAACUAGAGUUGCUCCUAAUGUCGACUGAGAAUGAACUCAAAGGGCAGCAGGCGCUUCCAACACAGAACCACACAUGCAGCUACCCCGGGUGGCACAGCACCACCAUUGCCGACCACACCAGACCUCAUGGAGACAGUGCACCUGUUUCCUGUUUGGAAGAACACCACUCCACUCCCUCUCUGCCUGUGGAUCCUGGCUCCUUACCUGAAGAAAGCGCCUCUCCAGCGAGGUGCAUGAUCGUCCACCAAGGAGCCAUUCUGGAUAAUGUUAAGAACCUCUUAGAAUUUGCAGAAACACUUCAGUUUAUAGAUUCUGAUUCUUCAUCAUGGUGUGACCUCAGCAGUUUUGAACUCUCUGAAGAAGCAGAUUUUUCACCUAGCCAACAGCACACAGACAAAGCCCUACAGCUCCAGCAAAGAGAGGGCAAUGUGAAUAGACCUGCAAGAGAGCCUAGCAAACGCAAGUUGAGUGAGGGUUCACUUGGCCCGCUCAAGCCAGUACCUCCUGCGAGGCACAGCACAGUUCCACUGGUCAUCCUUCGAACAAGGAGGGGCCACGCCAGCCCCUUAGCCACUGGUGACUCUAGGUCUUUCAUACUUGCUGAUGUCAGUAGUUCAACUCCCAGUCGGUCCCCUGUCAAAAGCCUGCCUUUCUCCCCGUCACAGUUCCUAAACCCUUCCAGUAAUCAUGAAAACUUAGACUUGGACAUGCCUUCUUUAACUUCCACCCCUCUCAGUGGUCACAAAUUGACUGUUACAACACCAUUUCAUAGAGACCAGACUGUGAAAGCUCAAAAGGAAAAUACUAUUUUUAGAACUCCAGCUAUCAAAAGGUCAAUCCUAGAAAGCUCUCCGAGAACCCCUACACCAUUUAAACAUGCACUUGCAGCUCAAGAAAUUAAAUAUGGUCCCCUGAAGAUGCUACCUCAGACACCGUCUCAUCUCGUAGAAGACCUACAGGAUGUGAUCAAACAGGAAGCUGAUGAAUCUGGUAUUGUUACUGAGUUUCAAGAAAAUGGACCACCUUUACUGAAGAAGAUCAAACAAGAGGUGGAAUCUCCAACUGAUAAAGCAGGAAACUUCUUCUGCUCAAACCACUGGGAAGGGGAGAGUCUGAACACUCAGCUGUUCCCACAGGCAUCGCCUGUGGCAGAUGUACCCAAUAUUCUUACCAGUUCCGUUUUAAUGACUCCAGUAUCAGAAGAUGAAGACAAUGUUCUCAAAGCAUUUACAGUACCUAAAAACAGGUCCCUGGCGAGUCCCUUGCAGCCUUGUAGCGGGGCCUGGGAGGCUGCAUCCUGUGGAAAGAUGGAAGAUCAGAUGACAGCUUCCGGUCAGGCUCGGAAAUAUGUGAACCCCUUCUCAACCCGGACUCUGGUCAUGUGA